AUGUCCUCAAUCGUCGCAGUCAUCGGUACUUCAAGGGGCAUUGGACUCGAGCUCGUCAAGGAACUUUCGCUAUCCGCAAACACCCGAACUCCAUCCCCUGAGUCCCAUCUGAAGGACGACGACAUCAAAAUGAUCGCUCUCGACAUGACAGAUGACGCCUCCGUCAUAGCCGCAGCCAUGAAUGUUCGUGAACUCGAUACUCUCAUCAUUAACGCACCCAUUGGAAACGACGAUCAUCUCCAAAGUCUCUCCUCUCUCGACUUCAUCUCUUACCUGAACACCAAUGUGGUCGGACGCGUUAUCCGCGCAUUCCUCCCCGCCUUACUUGUUCGCAACACACGUCAGAUCGUAAUUACCUCACCAGAAGCUGGAUCCCACCAACUGCAAAUCGGCUCAACAUUUGGUCUUGUAGGGCCUUUCGGAGCCUCGAAAGUAGCAGUGAACAUGCUCGCUGUGUAG